GAUGAGGCCCUCUCCUCUGCUCCCCUUUCUCGGCCUCUGCGCCCUCUGCCACUCACAGAGUGUCGCAGGAAAAGUUCUGGAGAAAACGAUUGAAGAAUGGAUAAGAUAUAAAGAAGACUGCUACAAAUGGAUGACAAGCACGCCGCAUCCUCAAGGUCUGCAUUGCAACCGCACUUUUGACAUGUAUGCCUGCUGGCCAGAUGGCACACCCGGAACGGUCGCCAGCGUGUCUUGUCCUUAUUAUCUUCCUUGGUUCCAGAAAGUUAAAAAUGGACAGGUAUCUCGACUCUGUGGGCUAGACGGCCACUGGGUGACGAUCAAUGGGACACAACUCUGGAGGAACUCAUCACAGUGUGAAGACGAGGAGGAGAUGGAUAUGAUGGAGAAAGAGGUAGGAACAAAGGAUUUGCUGCUGAGUUUCAGAGCUCUGUACACUGUGGGUUAUUCAGUGUCAUUGAUGGCCCUCCUGUCAUCCCUACUGAUCCUAACCAUGUGUAGGAAGCUGCGCUGCACCAGGAAUUACAUCCACGCCAAUCUGUUCUUCUCCUUUGCCCUGCGUGGAGUAUCAGUCAUUGUAAAGGACGUUUUAAUGGAGAAGAGAUGGGGCAUGCAGAUCAUUGAGGUGACAGACUGGGAGCUCCUCAUCAGCAAUAAGGCCGCUAUUGGAUGUCGCACGGCGCAGGUGAUAAUGCAGUACUGUAUUCUGGCCAAUCAUUACUGGUUUGUGGUCGAGGCGGUCUACCUAUACAAGCUGCUUAUUGGUGCAGUCUUCUCCGAGAAGAACAAUUACACCCUCUACCUCUAUCUUGGAUGGGGGACGCCGGUUUUAUUUGUAGUUCCUUGGAUGACGCUGAAGUAUCUCAAGGAGAACAAAGAAUGCUGGGCCCUAAAUGACAACAUGGCCUACUGGUGGAUUAUCCGGAUCCCCAUCCUGCUGGCCUCGGUGAUUAACCUUGUGAUCUUUAUGAGAAUCUUGAAAAUGAUAUUGUCUAAGCUGAGAGCCAACCAGAAAGGUUUUGCGGACUACAAACUAAGACUGGCUAAGGCGACGCUGACUCUCAUCCCGCUAUUCGGAAUCCACGAGGUAGUAUUCAUCUUUGCUACGGAUGAGCAGACAUCAGGGAUCCUUCGGUAUAUCAAGGUCUUCUUUAACCUCUUUUUCAGCUCCUUCCAGGGUUUCCUCGUGGCGGUAUUAUACUGUUUUGCCAAUAAAGAGGUAAAGUAUGAAAUACAGAAAAAGUGGCAGAUGUGGAAAAUGGACGGCUCGUCUCUGCUGUGCCUGCACUGACCAAGAUCUGGGUAUAUGAUGAACUUGUAAUCUGAGCUAAAAUACUAG